AUGGAGGUGCCGGGCUCGCGAUCUCGAGUGCGAGACGCGUCACCAAUACCAGCUUCUUCCGACCAUAUAUCUCGUCCAACAUCCUCUAAGUCGACUCGCCGACGAGAGGUAGAAAAACAUCGCGAGGUCACAACCACCGUUGGGCCAACGCCCAGCAUCGGCCAGUUUUCGUUUGCUCCGGCUACCCGCACCACAGUCGUUACUACCACCACAACCACCACCACCAACUUUCCUCCGCUUAUCCUCAACCCCCCACGCUCAACUCGCGAACUGAAUCCUAAGCUAUAUCCUCUUGCUUCAUAUCCUACUCCGUCCGCUCUACGAAAUUUCCAGUUCGAACUCGAUGGUCAGUCUGUUAUCUUUAAUGAACCAGAAGAUACCGAUGCCGUUCUACACGAGAUACAUGAACAACAUGUCGCUCUGAAGUCAUCAAAAGGUGUACUUACUUCGGUUGCAGGCUACGAAGGUUCCAGCCAGAACGCCAGCCCUCGUGCUUCCAUUUCCCAUCCCUCGAGUGUAGCAGCAUCCAAACGUCGAGCUGUUUCCCCGUUUACGUAUCCUGAUGCAUCUGGCAAACGUACACGGUCGUUGAUGGCUCCCUUGGAUUCUCGUGGGCAACAAAGAAAGAGUCGCCUAGGAGGGAUUGCCUCCGCCACUAAUUCGUCAGUGGCCGGCUUAGCCACCCCUGAAACCGAAACAACUCGUUUUCGCUUUGAUCGACAUGCUGCUCUGCGAAAACGUCUUCAUACCGAGAAAGUCGGACAGUCUGUUGCCUCUGCUGCAUCCUCUCACGGCGACGCCGCUCUUUCCCAGACCUCAACUCCAAGUCAGUCAUUCGCUUCAAAACCUCGUAUUCGAGAGCAGAGUCCAGUCGAGGCGACUCCAGCACUUGAAGAUCAAUCGAGCUCUAUGACGCGUGUCUUAUCGGACUACCAUGGCCAAGAUCCUCAGUCGGCUACAGAAGAUGACGGAUCUGGCGAAACUUUCUCUGCGGAGAACGAAGGGACUCAAGAAUCGGAGCCCUAUCAACAGACUGCUCCAACCGCUUUGUCCACUCAUGGUUCAGUCCUCGGUCAAGACAUGUGCUUGCCCAGCCCGAGUCUAUCUCCAGUAACGGCCAUGAAUACUCACAACCCGGAUUACUUUCUUGAGUUCCCAGACGACCAAGGAACAGAUACUGACUCUAGCUUGGAUAAUCAUGUUCCUGUUCUGUCCGACACUCUCCGGCAAAAGACUGUGCAUAACGUUUCCAGCAGUCAACCAUCUAUGAGCAACGUCGCUGUCCAACCACGACCCACGUCAUUAAUGGAUAUCCCGGCCACACUAGAAUUCUUUGAAGCCAUACCGGACGAGAUGAAGACUUAUAUGAUGUAUCAGCUCUUGAAACGUUGUCCCAAACCUACACUCCAGUUUGUCGCCGAUAUUGUCAACCCUGCUUUGAAGUGCGAUUUUUUGGCUCUUUUACCCGCUGAACUGACUCUCAACAUUGUGAAAUAUUUCGACUACCAAACUAUGUGUCGGGCUUCCCAGGUUUCGAAGAAAUGGCGUCACAUUAUUAACUCAGAUGAACGACAUUGGAAAGAGUUGUUUGAGAGCGCUGGAUUCAAACUCCCCCCUGGCGAACUACAGAAGGCUAUUAGAGAAGGUUGGGGUUGGCAAUUUCCUAACGGACCCGAGGAUUAUGAAAAGGAUAUGUCUACCCCAACUCUCAAAGUUGAUUCCGACUACUUCAAUCAAUCGUCCCAUCUGUCUUCAAGCUUCUUGUCCAACCCGCUCUCGAUGGAUUCUAUUUCGCCUCGUCGUUCAAAGAGGAAAGCCACCAAUAGAACACCGACUCGAAAGACCGUCAGGCGUAAGCUGACGCCAUCUCACAGAAUUGGGUCCCCAGCCUCAGAUUCAUCAGACUGGAUCAACGAGGCCUCACUUAUUGAGGGUCCCACCGCCGCUGCAAAUGCUGCGGCUGCUGCCAUUCCCUAUCCUGACGUUGGCCUCAGCUCACUCCGUAGUUUGCAUCUUUAUAAAUCACUAUAUCGACGCCAUCUUUCCAUUCAAAAAAGCUGGAUGCGCUCUGACUUGAAGCCAAGGCACCUAGCUUUCCGUGCUCAUGAUCGCCAUGUCGUCACUUGUCUUCAAUUCGACUCGGAAAAGAUCCUCACUGGCAGCGAUGACACCAAGAUCCAUGUAUACGACACUAAGACUGGCGCCUUGAGGUCUGUUCUUGAAGGUCAUGAAGGUGGUGUCUGGGCUUUGGAGUAUCACCAGAAUACACUUGUUUCGGGCUCCACGGAUAGAUCUGUGCGUGUCUGGGAUAUCGAAAAGGCCAAGUGUACGCAGGUAUUCCACGGCCACACAUCCACCGUACGAUGCCUACAGAUCCUGCUUCCCGCUGAAGUUGGAAAGAAUCCAGAUGGGUCUUCAAUCAUGAUGCCCAAGGAACCCUUAAUUAUUACCGGGUCACGCGAUUCCAAUUUGCGAGUCUGGAAGUUGCCAAAACCGACUGACCCGUAUUAUCUCGAUGCCGGCUCACAUGCUGAGGACACGGACUGCCCCUAUUUCCUACGUACUCUGUCAGGCCAUCAAUACUCUGUACGGGCUAUUGCAGCGCAUGGUGACACCUUAGUUUCAGGAAGCUACGACUGUACUGUUCGAGUCUGGAAAAUCUCGACUGGAGAGUGCAUGCAUAGGCUACAAGGUCAUACGCUCAAGGUUUACAGUGUCGUUCUGGAUGUGGAGAGAAAUCGUUGCAUUAGUGGCUCGAUGGACAAUAUGGUCAAAGUCUGGUCACUAGAUACCGGAGCCUUGCUGUACAAUCUAGAAGGUCAUACAUCACUCGUGGGACUCUUGGAUCUUAAGGGCAACCGGUUGGUCUCUGGGGCGGCCGACUCAACACUUAGAAUCUGGGAUCCAGAGAACGGUCAGUGUAAGAACACGCUAACCGCCCACACUGGAGCCAUUACCUGCUUCCAGCACGACGGCGAAAAGAUCAUCUCUGGCUCCGACCGGACACUCAAAAUGUGGAAUGUACGAAACGGUGAAUGCGUCAAGGACCUUCUUCGAGAUCUCAGCGGGGUGUGGCAAGUACGAUUCAACGAACGUACUUGUGUGGCGGCGGUUCAGCGAGAUGGCUUGACUUAUAUUGAGGUUCUCGAUUUUGGUGCUUUCCGAGAUGGUGUUCCUGAAUACCGACUUGGUAAACGCAUACUAGUAGACCGCUUCGGUCUUUCCGUUGACAAUGACGAUGAUGAAGAUGACUACGACGCGACAGAAUAA